AUGACUACAAAUCUUAUCAGCUCAAAGCAUCAAAGCAUUCGUGGCCGAUUAAUCAUGCCUAGGCAUCUUUCAGAAUGAGAUGAUAGAUUUUGGUUAGGAAAAAUAAGUAAUGUUCUUCCUGAAAUUCCUUGUAAUUCAUAUGCAGUAAAAAGGGCUUUUUCAGGCUCCGCAUCAACUCGAGCAAGUAUAAAAUCAGCUGGAUCUCUUUCAACAAAUAAUUUGUUAAAAUUGCGUCCUAAUACAGGCACUAUGAAAAAUGCAAUCAGCCUAGAAAGGGAAAUAUUCUUUUCUACCUAAUAAAAUUAUAUUAUAAAAUCCUAAAUCAGGCAUUUUUCAAUAAUUCCAGCCUAUCCCAAAAGGAUUAUUUAUUUUAAAAAAUCAACUUGAUGAGGUCUGAAAUACAAAAAGUGUCCCAGAAUUCCAUAGAAAUUUAUUUCUUACUUCUUUAUCUUUCCUUAAAACGUCAAAUCUUCAGCUCGAAGCUAUAAAAAAAGAAUCCUCCAAUAUCAAAAAAAAUUCAGCGCCUGUUCUAUGUGUAAUCACAGCUAUUAAUGAUCGAGAAACCUUAUUGAAAAAAUUAGAAGAAAAAUCAUUUGAAGAGACAAAUAAACCAAUUUUUAUAUUAGAAAUUGGAGAAAUGAUAAAAAAUAUAAGACAAAUUAGCCUUGAAGUUAUUGAUUUUAUCAAAAUCUGGAGAAGUUAUUUGCAAAUGCCUAUUGCAAAGUUUAUCUGAAAUAACGAAGAUUAUUUCGAAAAAAUGAAAAAUGACUAUAAAUUUAUAUUAGAAAGUCCAAUAUCCAAAAUAAUUAAAUUUCCCCCAAACUGCACAACAUUUUUUAUCCAGCUUAAAACACAAAGGUAGAGAGUAAUCAGAAAUAAAAAUAAUAGCCAAGAAUCCCAGAAUUUAUUCAAGGUAAACCCUCAUCUCCAAGCAAGAGUUUUAAACGCACAUCGUACUUUAGGAAUUGAAAUCACCAAAUUGUCAAUUAAGAAAAAAAGACUAAUUCGGCAGCCCAAAAACCAAGCAAUUCAGCUAAAUUUUAACUUCCAAAUAUCAUCAGCUGAAGAAGAAAGGCCAAGCCAAUGGGAAAGUUCUGAAAGUGAAGACGAGGCCCAGCAUAAUGCAAUCCUUUCUAAUGAUUUCCAAGAAGCAUAAUUAAAAUAUGGCGUCUUCGUUUAGGUAUGGCCUCCCGGCCAUACACACUCGACUCAUAUUUUAAUUAUAUCCGGCAAGGUUUUGCCAUUCCAGAAAUGAGCAACAAUGCCAUGGUAAGCAAUUCUGCAGAGCAGAGCCUGGCCCAUGCCCAAAGACUAGAAUGGAUUUUCUCCUCGAGAGAAAAGGGUGUCCAAGUUUGGAAAAUGGUAGCCCAGCAGAGUCUACAGGCAAUGCCUAGACCAUUCGGGCAACUACCUAGCGUGAAACUGGGCGUUACGUCCCAGGACUUGGAAUUUUCCUUUUUGCCGAAAGGUGACCAUAAAUUCCAUUUUUUGGAAUUUCGGAAAGCCAACUCUCGUAACUCAAGCAGCAGCCGCAGGAUUCCAUAGCCCGCACACUCAAGACUUAAGCCGCAGCAGGCUGCGGGAAGGAGUAGACGUGUUUCCCCUUUGGCAAGUCUUUAUGGCUUGUUGGGCACACGGGCACAAAACAGGUGAACCUCACAUUGAGGUCCUUGGGUGUCUGCGUUAACAACACGGCAGUCGCCUCAUUAAUGUAAUUUAAGAUUAAGAUUUCCAAGAAGCAUAUCUCAUCGAAAUUUCUGAAAAAAUGACUAAAGAUAUAGUCAGAGAAAGCUGCAGAGAAAUGAUAUCAGCAAGCUUGGUUUUAUUUUCCAGCUCGAUUUUAGACAAACUUAUAACAGAAGUUUUAUCACAACAAAUUAAUCAAGUAGCUACAGUUGCAUAUCAAGAAACGAAAGAUGGAGAAUAUAUUGAUUUUCAGGUACAAAUACUCCAAAUGGCAAUGGAAGAAAUUUUAUUGGACAAUUUUAAUUCAGCAAGCUCACAGUAUUUAGCUGAGUUAAUUUCUGAUAUAUAUAGUGAUGACUUAAAUUUUGCUGAAAUUGUUCAAGAAGCAAUAAAUGAAGAGCAUAAUUGGAAUGUGAAAAUAAUUAUUCCCUGCUGGAUAAAAGUAAUUUAUAUAAAAUUUAUAUAAAAAACAGCAAAAAUCAUUGCAAAAAGAAUAUUUUAUUAUUUGAAGAGCUUAUAACUGAUUUACUAUCAGAAGAAUGGUUUGAAAUUUUAAUUGAAGACACUUUAAGCUAUACCAGACUAGACGAUAUGUGGAAAAUCCUCCCAUUGACUGCCCAAAAGCAGCUGUAUAAAACUGACAGAGAAAAAAUCCACAAUAAAAUCGCUGAAGAUUUUUAUUUUGAUAUUUUAAAUUCUGUGGUUGGCGAUAUAUGGACUUUUAGAAUUGUACACGCAGUCGUCAAUGAAGAAGAUGACUAUGAUAUUGAUAAAAUUUUACCAAUAAAAGAAGAGAGAACUUCUAAAAAGCGCUCGACCAAAAUUAACUAUUCUUAA